AUGACAUCUUCUUUCUUCACAAAUUCCUUAUCUCCCACCAAGAAUCCGACCCACACUCAAGUCCUUCCACACUCCAUCAAAGCCAUCACAUCCCUCCUCGCUACUUUCAUCACCUUGACGAUUCCACAGCUUUCAGACCCUUUUCCUUGCCCUUUCUUUCUAUCUCGAAUGGCUACCAGCUCUUUACGGUCCCUCAACCACCAUCACUCCCUCCUCAAGUUCCAUCCCUCAGACACCACCCCUCCCUCUUCACUCUUCCUCAAGCCUACCACCUCCAUCUCCGUCAACACCGACACUUCUCUCUCCCUCUCUAUCUCCUCCCCAACAAUCACCACCGCUUACUCCGUCUCCCCCACGACCUCCACUACUCCCUCUCCCUCCACUUCCAAAACCGACUCCCUUGACCUCCUCCAGCAACAUCUCUCGAACCAAAACUUCCGCGAAGCCGAUGAAGAAACCCGCAGACUUCUCAUUGUUCUAGCUGGUGAAGCAGCACAAACGCGUGGCUAUGUCUUCUUCUCCGAGGUCCAGUUUAUCUCAGAGGAAGACCUUAAAGACAUCGACGAACUAUGGAAAAAUCACAGCAACAACAAGUUCGGAUACAGUGUUCAGAAAAGAAUAUGGCAACUGAAGGCUAACAAAGACUUCACCAAGUUCUUCAUCAAAGUUGGGUGGAUGAAGAAGCUUGACACUGAGGUUCAGCAAUACAACUAUAGGGCUUUUCCUAAUGAGUUCAUUUGGGAUCUUAAUGAUGGUACUCCUGAAGGUCACUUGCCUUUGACAAAUGCACUCAGAGGGACACAAUUGCUCAAAAACAUCCUUAACCAUCCUGCUUUUGAGGUAGAUAUUGCAGAAGGGGAGGGAGAUAAAGUUGAAGGUAAUGAAAAUGGUGGGCUAAAGGGAUUAAGGGAUAGCUCAAAGCUUCCAUUAAGCAAGAGAGUAUUGAAGACAGAUUACAGCUUUUGACUAAGAAAUUUGAAGCAAAUGAUCAGUAAACAACAGAGAUGGGAUUUGGACUUUUUUCCAUGUACAUGUAAUGAAAGUUGUUGAUUAAUUACAUCCUUUUUAUUUAAAUAUAUUUUCAUGCUUCUGUCUAUGUAGUGGGCAAAUAUUAUAUAUAUAAAUGAGAAUAUGCCCUGUUGUUUUUA